AUGAAGAACAUCAAGUUUGCUCGUGGGCGGCCUGUUGAUGAUGCACACUUUUGCAAUCCAACUCUGAGCAAGGAAAAAGUUGCUGUGCUGGUUGAAUCUCGCUCAGAUCCAUACAUGAUUCCGAGUUUAUUGCACUUCAUCAAGCAGCUGGGUGAUGAUUGGCCGUUUGUCAUCUAUCACUCCAAGCAUAACGAGGAUAUGCUACGCAGUUCGCGUGUAUUGAAGCGGCAUAUCGAUUCUGGCAAGAUUCAGCUUCAUCGUCUCAACCUCGUCUUCAACGACCAUGACUCUGUCUCUGUCUUUCUGACACACCGCGCCUUUUACGAUAAUCUGGCACCCGCAAAGCACUUGUUUCUCUUUCAACUCGAUUCGACGAUUUGCUCCAAUUCGCAAUCAAAGCUCGAGGACUUUUUCCACUUUGCAUUCAUCGGCGCGCCCAUAUCGACGUUACUAUCAAGUGGCGACAUUACACGUUACAAUGGCGGCUUCAGUCUUCGUGAUCGGGAUGCCUUCUUGGAAAUCAUCGAGACGGUUCCUGAAUUCCAGUCAAAGUACAGUGGCAAUCCCUUCAUCUUUGAAGAUCAAUGGUUCUCUCAAGAAUUCCACAAGGCCAACAAGUACAUAUUGCCAACAGAAGACGAAGCUGCGCAAUUUGCGGUGGAGAGCGUGUAUCAUCCAACACCUUUCGGUGUGCAUCGACCACAAAUCAUGGUUUCUGCAACUGCCAAUGAUGAGCAGAAGAGGCAUUUGAUUGAUGUUUGGUGUCCCGAUAUGUACGCCAUGACACCCCUGACGGGCCCUGAAACGUUCAAAUGUCGCAACAACAGGCAACUGCCUGAAUGCAACGGAGAAUAG